GUGGGUUCGCCUGCUUCCCUUCAGCUGCACAUCACACAGAAGCGGCUGUAAUCGGAAUCAAUUUAUUUGUCCCUUUUCCUCGUCUCUUUCCACUGUGGUGACGUCAGUCGUCGCGUGGAGCGCAGUCAGCCGCGUUUAGCUCCCUGCGGUGCGGAGGAGACAGAGGGAAAUCCUCCUGCCGGAGAGCGGACACACCUCGGGAUGGAUGCGCUGAAAUCUGCCGGCAGAGCCAUCAUUAAGAGCCCCGGCGUCCCGCGACACACCUGGGGAACUUCAAAGCAUGAAAGUCAAGCUGCCAGAAAACUGGACAGACACAAAGGAGACCCUGCUGGAAGGGAUGGUGUUCAACGUUAAGUACCUUGGUAUGACUCUGGUGGGACAACCUAAAGGAGAGGAAAUGGCCUCAGCUGCCAUUCGAAGAAUUGUUGCAAUGGCCAGAGCCAGCGCCAAGAAGUUUCGGAAGGUAACCCUGACAGUGUCUCCAAAGGGCAUAAUCAUCACAGACACAGAGACUGCAGAUCUGAUUGAGAAUGUCUCUAUAUACAGAAUCUCAUACUGCACCGCAGAUAAAACUCAGGACAAGGUCUUCGCUUAUGUUUCCCAAAGUCAGUUCAAUGAGACUCUUGAGUGUCAUGCAUUUCUCUGCCAAAAAAGAAAAAUUGCUCAGGCUGUAACCUUAACAGUAGCUCAGGCAUUUAAAGUAGCACUAGAUCUUUGGGAAAUUGCUCAGGAAGACAAAAACAAGAAGGCGAGGACCUGCUGUUCCUGUGCAGCCAGUGACGGCCAGAUGGAGACGACAGAAACACAGUGUGUUCCAGGAGCUUCCAUUCCACACCUGCCAUCCCCCUCACAUCCAGCAGCACAUAAGCCCAGUGGGAUAGAGGAGAAGCCCCGCAGGCCCUUAUUCUCAGCUUCUCUCAGCUCACCAUUGCCUCGCAGUAACCCCACCAGGAGACGGCCGAUUAAACAUGACUCUUGGGAUGUGGAGGAUGGUUUCGAUGAUGUCUUUUCAAGCAAUAUGGAGGUAGACGAAGCAGAUACUGAUUGGCCGAGCCCCACUCCAAACCCGUCUCUGACAAUGCAGCUCUGAGUCUGUGGGAGGUCUCAGAUGAAAGACUGUUGCCUUUUGACAAUAAUUAUUUUCAAUAACACCAGCUGGCAGUAGCUGCCCAUCAUACAGCAUUAUAAAAAAAUAACAGAGAGCACACACUGGUGCUCUAGACCGAAAAAAAAACAACAGAAACUGCAUUAACUCAGCAGGGAAGCCAAGAAACAUUAACUGUUAUUGUAAAGGAUCUAAAACCUGAACCCUGCUUAAAAGGUAAACAGCCAUCAAUGAUGCAGAUGUUUGCAAAAAAUUACCUGGUAAAAUAUGGGUCGCUUAGCAAGCAGCACAGAAAUGCUUUAGAUGCAAGAGUUACUAAAUAUCUACACUGUAAAAUCCCCAAAGAGAUUCAGAGUGAGAUCACAGAAAUAGUUGCAUAAAAGCUCUAUUUAGUUAAACAGACGUGUUUUGGGAAAAGCUCUUUGAUAUUGUAGAUAUUCUGCCAACUUCUCUGAAAGGAGUCUAACUUUUUAAACAUGAAAUGCUGUACAGUGAAUACAACUCUCAAGAAACAAACGAGUCAUGUUUGUCUAUUGCCAUGCAAUCUUAUAUAAUUUUUUUUAAAUAAUUUAUUUCUAAUUAUUUACU